AUGGAGGAGGACACGGAUUUCUGGCCUCAUGUGGAGAACCACACGAGGCUGAGGGAUGACACAAGCCGCAAGUAUGUGCGCCUGUACCAGCUGUACAGCCGGACCAGUGGCAAACACCUGCAGGUGCUGGGGAGGAGGAUCAGUGCCAAGGGCGAGGAUGGGAACAAGUAUGCCCAGCUCCUCGUGGAAACGGACACGUUUGGUAGCCAGGUGAGGAUCAAGGGCAAGGAGACCGAGCAUUACCUGUGCAUGAACAAGAAAGGGAAGCUGGUGGGCAAGCUUAGUGGGAGAAGCAAGGAGUGCGUCUUCAUCGAGAUUGUGCUGGAAAACAACUACACAGCCCUGAUGUCUGCCAAGUACACGGGCUGGUACGUGGGCUUCACCAAAAAGGGGAGGCCCAGGAAAGGGCCCAAAACCCAGCAAAACCAACAAGAGGUGCACUUCAUGAAAAGAUACCCCAAGACCCAGGGAGAGACCCAGGCUCCGUUUAAAUUCACCACGGUUAAUAAAAGAACUAAACGAAUACGAUCUUCAAACUCCAGUUAG